AUGAAGCCCAAUCGUUUGAUCGUAGGCCUAGACUACGGUACUACAUACACCGGUGAGUUCUCUAUCGCAGGUGUCUCUUUCUGCGAAACCUCUGACAACGGCAUUGGUGACGAGCACAUAGAGGUCAUUCACGAUUGGCCGUCUCAGCAUACCAAGAUCGGCACCAAAGAGAAAGUACCGAGCGAAGUCACAUACCAGAAGCAAGGCCUGCUAUGGGGUGCCCUCAUACCUCCUAAUGUUCAACGCCAUAUGUGGACGAAGCUUCAAUUGGAUCCAGUCAACAAAGGACAAUUGGUCAAGAUCGUUAGGGAAGUCUCCACAUCUACGGAGAAUACAAACAAACUGCCCGUUGAGAUCAUCGCGGACUUUCUUUCGCAGAUCAAGGCGCACCUCAUCAAGAACUUGGAUCAGAAAUACGGUAAGGUGCUGUGGAGGGGCCUUGCCAUCACCUUGGUGGUCACCGUUCCUGCAGUGUGGACAGACGUCGCCAAAGCCCGCACACUCGAGGCUGUCGCGAAGGCUGGGUUCAACAUACUCGAGUUCCCGCAACUGAAGAACACCAUUAUGACUACUGAGCCUGAGGCGGCUGCCAUCUAUACAAUGAAGAGUCUACGAGGUAUGUAA